CAUCAUGUUUCAGAAUCUCUGGGCUCUUAUAUCUUUGGUUUGCCCCGCGAAUUAUUGCACGCUUCUGCCAGUUCAAUAUUGGAGCAGGGUCAGGGUGGGGGCAGUAGUUGCCGCGCACAAAAACUAAUGAUCCGAAAGAUGCUCUAUUUCUUAAUUAUAUGCUGAAAUAUGCACAGUUCGUGCGUGAUCAAAAUCAUUAUUCUGUGGCGCUCCAGAGUUUGUUACUAAUCGCGACGUGGAUGGUUUAGUGCACCUGCUGUUGGGUGGGCAACAUAGGCUGUGGCCGGGGUAGAUAUAUGACGCAUGAACCUUUUCUUAAAGGUUCUUUUGAACUCCGUCUCCGAUUUCAUCGCCGUACAUUGCUUACCUUUAACCCUACCUUGUUUGGUCUGGAACCGUCGACAGGUUCAGUGUUUGGGGCAUAGUUUUUGUUGGCCGAAACGAGAGACAGUGCACCUAGCAAAGUUGCCCGACUCCUUGAGUUAUAUCCAAAUUAGGCAACCAACUAACGCGAUGCAAAAACAAAUCAUGAGUGAAGCAAGCAAGCGUGCCCAUUGUCUAGAGAUGAGGCUACCAAAUCAGUAUACUAGUCAGGAUCUGGAUCUUGUUUAGGUUUGAGCAUGACAAAACCAAACGAUAACCGGUGAGUCAUCGGGAACGGAGCGGAGCGGAUGAGAUCGACCGAUGUUGUUUAAUUAGCCCUCCCCUAAUGUUGAUCACCCACACCUGUGUGUUUGACUUGCCUGAUGCAUGCCUGGCAUUUUUAAUCAGAUGAGGGUGCUCAUCAUCAGCACCAUUAUCGUCUUGCCAUGCUCAAUUGCGGCAUGUGCAACAUGUACUAGUAUAAUCUGGGGACCGGGAAUCGAAUUACAAAAUUUAGGGAUUAUUUGAUUGAUUUGGAUAUAGGUAUUCUGUUCUGCUUCGCGGUGGCCACCGGCUCUCCAGAUUUGGCAUCAAUCAGCUUCAUCCUCUUGUGCUGUUGCUGGCCAAUGUCGAUGUCGACGACGGUGCAGGAGCCGCCGCACGUCCUGGCCGUGGACGACAGCCUCGUCGACCGCGUCGUCAUCUCCAGGCUCCUCCGCAGCUCCAAGUACAGAGUGACGACGGUGGACAGCGGGAAGAAGGCGCUGGAGGUGCUGAGCCUGGGGCACCAGAGCGUGCAGCUGAUCAUCACGGACUACUGCAUGCCGGAGAUGACCGGCUACGACCUGCUGAAGCGGGUGAAGGAGUCGGCGGAGCUGCGCGGCAUCCCGGUGGUGAUCAUGUCAUCCGAGAACUCCCCCGCCAGGAUCCGCCGGUGCCUCGACGAGGGCGCGGAGGAGUUCCUCAUCAAGCCCGUCCGCCCCUCCGACGUCUCCCGCCUCUGCACCCGGGUCGCCGCCGCCAUGCCCAUGCGGUAGCGGCGAUCGGCGUGCACUGUGCUGCUGACCCGCCGCUAGUCUGCUUGCUAGCUUGCUAAUCCAGUCCUCCUCUGUUGAGUACUCACUGACGAGAUAAUCCCAUGCUGGUUGCAUGGUGGAAGUGGAACCAAAACUACGGAAUGAGUUCCAUGGCAACCUACGGAAUUGUAUUCCUACUUGCCAAUGUGUGAAAUUCACAACAAAUGGCGAAGCAGUAAAGCGACGCAAAAGACCCCAUUAUAUCUAGCAAAAAAAAAAGAAGAAGAAGAAGGAAACAUUCGAAAACAUCUGAUUUGGGCAA